UCCUGUCGACAGCAUUUCCAUCCCCUCCAUUUCUUUUGUUUCUCUGUCUCUGUCUGUUUAUGUUUAUGCUCUUAAAAAAACAAGGAAAGAAAGAAAAAAGAAAAGUUUUUGUGAAUUGGAGUUUUCUGUGAACUCAAAGCUCUUUUCUCAUGGCCAAGAAAACUUCCUUUGUGCAAUGAAUCUAACACCCACAAAAAACUCUCCGGUGUCACCACGCCGCCGCGGGGGCAGUCGCAGGUCAAACUUCGGGGUCCCGAUGACGACUCCUCUGCUCCGGUGGAAGUUAGAGGAACGCCAUGGAUCUCGGGGACGUAAUCGAGUUCAAUUUCAGGCCAGAAAGCUCGCCGCAGACCUCUGGCAGCUUCAUUACAAGGAAAUUUCAGGGGGCGGUCGGAGAGAGUCUCAGGGAGAAAUAAGGGAUGGGCGUCGUGAUGAGAGGCGUCGUUGUAUUGAUUCCUGGAAUAAAGGAAUGAAGAUGAAGGCAGCGACAGAAAAUUGGAACCACGAAACCCCAAACGAAGCAGAGGCGGCGGAGUUCGGUAGACUUUACAGCCACUGUGGCAGCGAAGAUCAACCGUUCACGACGGCCUCCACCGCUUCUGAUCUGAAAGAAGAGCUCGCACUGGCCCAAACACGGAUCCGAAAGCUAGAAUCCCGGCAACGAAACUCGAAGAAAAAAAUCGAACACUUAAGAGGAAAGCUAGAAGAAAAUAGAGCCAUAUGGAAGAAUCGAAGGCACUUGAAACUCGAGGAAUUAAACCAAGAAAGAAAAACCCAUCACAGAACAGAAGCUCUUAAAGCUAAUUUGAUAAAGGACUUGGCGGAAGCCAAAGCGAAGGUUGAGAAAUACAAGCAAGAAUACGAGAAAGAAAAGAAAAACAGAGAGUUACUUGAGGAGGUCUGUACGGAGAUGGCGAAACAAAUUGUGGGAGACAAAGCAAAAGUGGAAUCUUUGAAAAGGGAAUCAAUGAAAUUAUGUGAAGAAUUAGAGGAAGAAAGAAACAUGUUACAAAUGGCAGAGGUAUGGCGAGAAGAAAGAAUUCAAAUGAAGCUGAUUGAUGCAAAAUUGGCUCUAGAAGAUAAGUACAUUCAAAUGAACAAACUCAUAACCGAUCUUGAGAAUUUUCUGAUGUCAAGGAGUGAGAAAUUGGAUGAGAUGGAGAUAAAGAGAGGUGAAUUGAUUCACGAAGCUGCUAAAUCGUUAGACAUUGAAGAAAUCGAGGGGUUGUUUUACGAGCAGAAAACACAGAGCCUUGUUCUGUCUCUGCUUGAAGAUUUGAAGGAUGUGAGCAAAUUGGAGGAGAAAUGUGAAGAGAUUAAUAAUCAUAAUAAUAAUCAGUCAGUAGAAAAUGAGUUUGUUUCUGAAGGAAAAACAGAGAUUGUGGAGAACCCAUUUGAAGAUCGUUCGAAAAAGAAGGUUAAUGGAAGUAGUGGAAGGUAUUCGAAUAGGACAGUGUCGAGUGAAGGUGGGGAGUUGAAGGGGGGGUGUAAUGAGUCAGUGAGUCGGAGGAACUCGCAAAAUCCGCAUAUCAGAAGAGGAACACAUGGAUGUAUUGAAUGGCCAAGAGGGAUUCAGAAAAAUUGCUUCAAGAUUAAACCUUUGGAUGCAAGGAUUCAAACCCAAAAACAUCAGCUCCGCUAUAUUCUUAAACACAGAACCAACUGAAUGUUGUUGUUUUUUCUCUUUUCAACAACCUAUAAAUUAAAAGGAUGAUCAAUUUCUUUAAUUAUAUCCCUUUAAUCUUUUAUUCA